AACCGUGGAUACGAACUCAACUGUGAACACGAAUUCAACUGUGGAUACGAACUCAACAGUGGAUACGAACUCAACUGUGAACACGAAUUCAACUGUGGAUACGAACUCAACAGUGGAUACAAAUUCAACCAUGGAUACGAACUCAACCGUGGAUACGAAUUCAACUGCGGAUUCGAACUCAACUCUGGA